AUGUCCUCUUGGAGUCGAACCAUAUGGUCCAUCAUCUCCAGCUCCGUUCUCACUCUAUUUGCCUGCACAUACAGUGCCAUUCACCCUAAUAUUCCGAGUCUCAAGGAGAGCCCCCUUCGUCUCCUACGGCGGCGACUUGGGAUCAUGAUAAUGGCACUAAUCGCUCCUGAACUAAUUGUCACAUGGGCUAUGCGUCAACUGAUCAGCGCUCGUCGUGUUACAAGACAGUUCAACGAAUUGGAAUAUUUCAAGGUUUCUCAGUCGCAGGAGCAGUCUGAAAAUUAUACGUGGACUCAAACGCACAGCUCUUUUGUGCUGAUGGGUGGUUUCAUGCUUUAUGUGGAUGGGAAACCCUACCUUACUCUACAGCCUGAUCACAUGCUCAAACUGAUACACGAAGAGUGUAUAGACGCUCCUACCCUAACGGCAAACCAGAUCCAGGACAAGAGCAAAGGCAAUGCGAUAUCGAAAGGACUGAUCAUGCUUCAGGUGGCCUGGUUUCUUAUGCAGCUCAUUACCCGUGCCAUCUAUCACCUCGAAACCACCCAGCUCGAAGCGGGGACACUCGCUUUUGCGGUUCUCAAUUUCCUCACCUAUGCUGUGUGGUGGAACAAGCCUCUCAAUGUGCGAUGUCCACAUCCAGUGUACUGGAAGUCGACCGAGUCAAGGCCAGAGAAUCACGCCGUUUAG